AUGGCUGAAAGUAAGAAGUCAGUGCGGUUUUGGGGCAUCUUCGUUGCGUUGUGUAUCUUGGCUUUUAUUUCAGCCCUCGACGUCUCGAUUGUGAUGGUUGCCCUCCCUAGGAUUACGGCGGAAAUCGGUGGGGCAGGAAAAUAUGUAUGGAUCGCAAACUCCUUCGUUGUCGCCUCUUCCGUCCCACAGCCUCUCUUUGGGCAACUUGCCAACGUCUUUGGUCGCCAAUUGCCGUUCAUUGGAUCGACGGUAUUGUUUGCGCUCGGCAGUGGUAUUGCAGGAGGAGCACACAACGUUGAAAUGCUGAUUGCGGGACGGACGAUACAAGGCGUGGGCGCAGGUGGCAUAUACGUCCUGCUUGACAUUGUGUGCUGCGAUUUGGUGCCUCUCCGCGAGCGCGGCAAGUACCUGGGCCUAAUGUUCAGUUGGUCGGGUGUGGCUGCUGGGAUGGGGCCCGUCGUUGGAGGCGCGCUGGCAGAAGCAAACUGGCGGUGGAUUUUCUAUAUGAAUAUCCCCAUAUGCGGCGUGGCCCUGCUUGCAAUACUAAUCUUCAUGCGUAUGAAGAAGCAAAAGGAGCCGCAAGGAAUUGACGUGCUUGGCAACCUCAUUUUUAUUCCGAGCGUGCUGGCUGUGCUAUUCGGCCUUGUAACGGGGGGGAUCGAAUAUCCAUGGAACUCAUGGCGCAUCAUCCUGCCUCUAGUCGUGGGCGUCGUCGGCUGGAUCGUAUUCCAUGUGCAGCAACAUUUUGCUCACUACCCCAGCGUGCCUGAGCGACUGUUCAGCAACCGGACAUCAACUACAGCUUUUGCGUUAACCUUCCUGUCUUCGGUAAUGGUCCAAUCAUCCGGAUACUUCCUGCCCGUCUUCUUUCAAGCGGUGCUCGGCACCACAGUCGUGCAGUCAGGCGUCAAUUUCCUUCCCUUUGCCCUUGGAACACUGGUUUUUGCGGUGGUGGCCGGCGUGUUGAUGGAGAAGACGGGCGCAUACAAGCCGCUGCACGCUGCGUCGUUCGCGAUUGCUGCUGUUGGCUUCGGUCUAUUCACACUGCUCGACGAUAGCACUGCGAAGUGGGCUACCUUUCAACUCAUCGUUAGCGGCGGCCUGGGUCUGACCCUCUCAACCCUGCUGCCUGCAAUAUUGGCAUCUCUGCCAGAGUCGGACGUAGCCUCUUCGACGGCUACUUAUAGCUUCGUCCGCACGUUCGGCUACGUUUGGGGAGUCACUAUUGCAUCCACAAUAUUCAACGGCGUGUUCGACCACAACCUCCCGCACAUUUCGUCGUUAGAGCUGCGGCAGCAGCUCAGACAUGGCCAGGCGUAUGGUUUUGCAAGCCGGGCGCGACUCGUGCGGGCAGCAACACCACCCAACCUCUGGGCUGAGGUGAUUGACGUGUACCAGCGUAGCUUGCGAACUAUAUGGUUCAUAUGCAUGGGCAUCAGCAUUGCGUGUUUCUGCCUGGUGUGGGUGGAGAAGAGCAUCCCGCUCCGGAAGGAGCUGGACACGCAAUAUGGCAUCGACGAGAAGAAGCAGCACAGCAGCCAUGACGGUGCUGACGCCACGGAGCUGACAGAGACUAAAGAGAAGUCAUGA